CAGAGAGGGGAGCAGACAGGCGCGGCCUGCGGGCUGGGGGCGCGGUCCGGGUCCGGAACCUGGCUGCCUCCGCGCGCUGCGCCAGAGCGCCUCUGCUAGGACUACUGCUGCGCCGCCGCUCCGAGCGCUGGCCCCUCUCAACUCCGGCCCUGCUAAACUGCGUACGUUCCAGUGCUCCCCGCCUCUAUUAUACUGCUGCGCCGCCGCUCUGAGCGCCGGCCCCUCUCGACCCCGGCCCUCCGCUGCGCUACCCGCGAUUCUGCGAGCUUGCCAUCAACAGGUUACGAUAAGCAGGGGCACAAGUGGUUUUACACAAUGGUUCAUUUCAAGAACAGGUACAUGGUGAUGGAGGUCUUCAUCGACGCUAGCAGAGGAGAGGCUGAUCCUGUCAUCCUCACCCAGUUCAACAUAACCAAAGUGAUCAGAGACAGCAUCCAGCUCAAUUUUGGGGAAUGCGGCCUAGCUGCAUCUCUUGGAUCAUUGCAAGUGAAGUAUGUAAAUCCUGUGACGAAGCUUUGCGUAAUCCGAGUGUCGCGUGAAGAUCACCAGAAAGUGUGGGCUGCUAUCACAAUGGUGAGGAGCAUUGGGAAGAUCCCAGUGUCGUUCAACCUCUUGGAUGUGAGUGGAAGUAUCAGGGCCUGCAAGAAAGCAGCGCUGGAGUGCGAAGAAGCGAAGUUUGAGCAGUACAAGCUGGCUGCUGGUGACCGUAUGACGCAGGAGAUUAUCGAAUCCAUGCAGAGUUGCUUUGCCAAACUUAAAGGAUUAGAUAGUUAGUAAGUUAACGUUUGUUCCGUGCCAGCAGUCUGGAAAAAGAACUCAUAAUAAUCUAGACAAACGACAUUGUUGCCGCUCUGUCCAAGUGUGCAACACCGCAUCCAUGCGCCAAAAAGGCCUACUCUAGAGAGAGCUUAGGGAAAACGAUGUUCUUGUGGAAGAAAUGUUGUGUGACUAAUCAUGUAGCAUCCGGUAUGGCGAAAAAGAAUGAUGCAGUUUAGCCAA